AUGGUGCAAUUCGUAUUGGAGCACGGGCUGCGCAUCUUGAGCGGGCAGUCGGUGGCAGAAGCUGGUGAAGACGGCUGGACCUGCAGACGCACUAUGGACGGGGCAUUGGCGCAGCUAGACUUUAUCCUGGCAGGUGGCCGCGUCCAGUGCCACAAGACAUCGUACGACAAUUGCUUGCCAAUCGGUCUUGACCAUCGCUGCGUCCACGGCGUUGAGCAGCUGAGGGUGCAGCGGGACAGGUCCACCAUUGAGGGCGGGCGCAAGCGGCGCCAGAAGUCGUUCAAGAAGUGGAAACCCAAGCUGGACGAGCGGGGCCAGCCGCAAUAUGUUCAAGAUGACUUGAGCAUGUUGGUGCUAGAACAUGGGAGUACGGCGUCUUUCGAGCAGGUCGAAGCAGCCUUUCAAGAUGCGGCAACGAAGUUCGGUUACACAGCGACCCACAAGCUACGCUCCUGUCCAAAUUCACAUAUCCAAGCACUCCGGGCUCAGAGACGACGGUCCCACGACCAGGCCGAGUGCCAGCAGCUCAGCUUCGAGAUCCGGCGCUUGCAGAGACAGGAGUCCGGAGCACGGAUGACAACGCAAGUGGAGGACAUCAUAAAGCAUUCAGAGCACUGGCACGAGGUCAAAACGUUGUUGUAG